AUGGCACUGGACGGAAAGGCAAUCAAGGAAGAAAUACCUGACAAGGAUACAUACGAGACGAGCGCCCGUAAAUUGAAAGGAAAAGAACAAUGUCGCACGCCGGACUCGCCCGAGGGGGCCCGCGUCGUGGCACCCCGCUCGCCCAUCUCCCCGCAGAUCCCGACCCACCACAGCACGCUCGUGCCGCCCCGCUCGUCGCAGGUCCAUCGCAACGGGAGCUCGUCGCCGCCCGGGAUGCUCAACGGACAUGGAACCGGCGGGGGCGGCGCUGGAACUCCGGGCAGUGGCGGGGGCGGCGGUGGUGGUAGUCUCGGAAGCCUGACGCCACCCCCGGCCAUCACACCUGCGUCGGCCGCCGCCGCUGUGGCCGCCGCCGCCGCCGCAGCCGCCGCCCAGCAGGACACCACCAAGCUGCUCAAGAUCCGCCGCUUCCUCGGGGCGCUCGUCCAGUUUGGACAGGACGCGAACGUGGACACUGGGGACCGGGUGCGCUCGUUGGUGCUGUCACUUGCGAGUGGCGCCAUUACGGUCGACGAGUUCCAGCUGGCCGUGCAGGAGGCGACCAAUUUCCCGCUUCGCACCAACGUCGUCCCGUUCCUGAAGUCGCACGUUCCGGUGCUGCAGCGCGAGAUCAACAUUCUGGCACGGUCCAACAAGCAGACAUCCGCACAGUAUGUCCGAUCGAACGAAAGCAGCGUCAUGGAGUACGUGCAGAACUUGGCCGAGACGGCGGACAUUUUCCUGCCCCACGAGGGGGUGUUUCCGUCGUCGGUCACGGCGGCGGCAGCGGCGGCGGCCGCGGCAGCAGCGGCAGCCGUUGCCAGCGGGGCCAACUCCGCAGGGUCCACUUCCGGUGCGAGCGUCAACGGGUUGGGCUUGAAACGUCGAGCUUCGGAUAAUUUAUACGAUACACACUCAUCGGGUCCUCCAGAGUGGGGCGACUACGUAAUGCCUCCGACAAAGCGACCCCAUCCAUCGCUGCUGCUAGCUUCCGGUGCGUCCCAGCUGUAUCCGGCACACCCGGCACUCUUCGAGUACCAGAACGGCGGGCUUCAUCCACAUUCCGAUGGCUUGCAUUCCAUUCACCGGGACGAUCGAGAUAUGCGUGCCGCUUCCACGGAGUCUCAUCGUGCUGCGGCCAGAAUUCCACCUGGUGGAGGUAGCGGUGGUGGUGGUGGAGGUGCUGGCAGUGGAAGUGGAACCGGUGGCGGAAGCAGCAACCUGAGCGUCUCCGGUGGAUCGAUCAGUGGCGGUGGGGCGAGUGGCGAGGAGGAGUGGAAAAACAUUCACACCAUGCUAACCUGCAUUUCGGCGAUGGUGGAGAAGACGAAGCGGGCCAUCGCCAUCCUGCAGCAGCGCGGUAUCGAGCACAGUCACGCCCGGGAUCACCAGGACACCUCGAUGGCGGACAUCAAGCGGCAGACGGAGGAGAAGAUCUCGGAGUUCCGGCGUACCGCCGAAGAGUCCGUGAAUCAGGUCAAACGUCAAGCCGUCAUGGAGAUCCAGCGGGCGGUGGCAGCUGCCGAGGCGAGGACCCUGGAUAUGAUCGCCCAGGAGCGGCUGAAGAUGGAGAAAAUGUACGCGGACAUUCAUCGCACCGUACCGGAUGCCGAACCGGAGCCACCGAUCACGAGCGGAAGUCAAAAUGCAUGCUGGAACUGCGGACGGAAGGCGAACGAAACCUGCUCCGGGUGCAACCUGGCACGAUACUGUGGCUCCUUCUGUCAGCACAAGGACUGGGACCAACACCAUCAGGUUUGUGGAACAUCCCGCGCCGAGAACAGCUUCCAGAAGCACACCCAGAGCACCCGCACGUCCAUCGCGUCCCGGUCCACCACGCCCCAGCAGCAGAGCAACAGUACAUCGAACGGUACGGCGUCCGCCGCAAAAUGA